AUGGCUCACCACCCCCCCAGCGGCCCUGCGCGCGGCCUCGCAGCCACCAUGGGCUGGGGCGCCAGGCCGGCGCUGCUGGUCGUCGACGUGUGCAAGGCGUACUGGAGCGACGGCAGCCCGCUCGACACCAGCAGCAACGCGGCGGCGGCGGCAGUGCCCGCAGCCAUUGCAAGACUCGUCGCAGCGGCGCGGCGGGGGGCAGCGCCGUUGAUCUGGACCCGCGUCGAGUACUCGGAGCCCGACAUGGCAGACGCGGGGCUGUUCGCGUGCAAGGCGCCGCUGCUCGACGUCUUCCACCGCGACGACGCCCGGGGCCUGGGCGCGUGGAUGCCCGGCCUCGCGCCCGCGCCCGCCGACGUGGUCGUGUGCAAGCGCUAUCCGUCCGCCUUCUUCGCUACCGACCUCGCCACGCGCCUCCGCCUGGCCAGCGUCGACACGCUCGUCAUCUGCGGCGUCAGUACCAGCGGCUGCGUGCGCGCAACCGCCCUGGACGCCAUGUGCCUCGGCUUCCGCCCAAUGGUUGUGGGCACCGCCUGUGGUGACGCCUCGCCCGCCGUCCACGACGCCAAUCUGUUUGACAUGAACGCGAAGAUGGCUGACGUCAUCGGCGAGCCCGACGCCGUCGACAGGCUGAGCGCCGGGUGGCCGUGAAGCCGCGCGCCCCGCCGUUUGCACCUCCAUGUACUGACUUACUAUGCUGCCAUGGCCAAGCUGGC